AUGCAAAUUGUCUGUUUGGGACUGCUUCUUUUCAGCGUGACCUGGGCAGCACCAACAUUUCUGCCACAAACUGAGAAAACUAAGGAAGACUGUGUGGAAGAACAGAGGAUAAUGUACAAAGGCCACCAUGAGAAACACGGUUAUUAUAUUUUUAAGUAUGUUUACACAUCAUCUGGGAGGAAAAAUCAAAGUGACAUAAAGCAGGAAGAAAAAAACAAAGACAAUAUUGCUCUUCAAAAUUCUGGCAAGAAAAGAAAUCAAGAGCCAGCACCUAAAGAAAACAUUGCCCAGGAAAGAGAGAAAAACUCUUCCAUUCUUGGAGCCAAUGAAAAUUACCAAAGUAACAAAACCCAAACUCUUUUUGAGAGCAGACAGAAAACAAAUGAAGAUGAUAGUAUUAAUAACCAAGGAAAUGCCCACAGUGACCUAAAGAUGUCCAUUUAUCCUGAAUCCACUGGGAAUAACGGGGCUGAGGAUGAAGACAAUGCUGUCAACAAACUCCGUAACCAAGAAGAAUAUGGUGCAACUCUCAUCAGGAAUAAUUUGCAAUAUAUAAUGGAGCCAAGGACUGUGACUGAACGCUUGGCAGAAGAAAACAAAGAGAACAAACCCAAGAAUGUUCUAAGCAAAAUCCUAGCAAGUAUGAAUUAUGUUAAAGUCUCCUCAAAAGAUAGAAAGAAUUAUCAAAGAGAUCCCCAAGCCCAGAAUAUUCCAGUUAAAAGCAAAAGCACCUACCAUACCCAACACAACAUUGGCUAUCCAAAACAGCUCCCAAAAGUCAAAAAAAUCCCCAGUGAUUUCGAAGGCAGUGGUUACCCAGAUCUUCAAGAAAGGGGCGACAAUGAUAUCUCUCCUUUCAGUGGAGAUGGUCAACCUUUUAAGGACAUUUCUGGUAAAGGAGAACCUAUUGGUCCUGACUUAAAAGGUGCAGAUAUUCAAACAGAGUUUUCUGGCCCAAGUGAAGCCAAUACCAUCAGUCCUGAUGCAAGAGGGCCAGGUUAUAAUGAGAUUCCAGAGAAAGAAGAAAGUGGCAGAAGUACCAUUGGAACAAGGGAUGAAACAACAAAAGAGGCAAGCACUGCUGAUGUAAGUCUAGUGGAAGGCAGCAAUGAUAUCAUAGGUAGCACCAACUUUAAGGAACUCCCUGGAAAAGAAGGCAACAGAGUAGAUGCCAACAGCCAAAAUGCUCACCAAGGGAAAGUAGAGUUUCAUUACCCUCAUCCUCAUCUACCCUCAAAAGAGAAAAAGAAAGAAGGCAGUAGGGAUGUUGCUGAAAGUACUAACUAUAAUGAAAUUCCAAAAAAUGGCAAAGGUGGUAGCCGAAAAGAUAUGGAGCAUUCUAAUAGGAAUCAAGUAAUCUCAACUGAAAAACAAAGAUUUCCCAGUAAGGGCAAAAGUUGGGGCCAGCUUGCUCCUUCUCAUGAUCUUGAUAAUGAAAUUAAAAAUGAAAUAGGUUCCCAUAAUGGCCUCAAUAAUGAGGAGACUAUAAUAACACAGAGCAGAAAAAAUCAUUAUGUACCCCACAGACAAAAUUCUACACGGAAUAAGGGGGUGCCACAAAGGAAAGGCUCCUGGGGUUACAGAAAACCCAAUUCCAGGAGAAGGUUUAGCCCCCCUAGAAAGCAUGACAGUAGUGAAUCAUCUGACAGUAGCAGUUCCAGUGAGAGUGAUGGUGAUUAGCCACUAGAAAUUCCCAGCAGGAUUAAGGUUCAAAUAUCUAGUCAUCUGUAACCUGACAGAAAAGGAGAGCCAACUGAGAGCAGACCAGGUGAGAAAGGGCAGAGCAGAGAAUUGAGUAAACCAAGAAACCUGGCCUCCUGGGGAGAUUUGUUGCUAUUGUAAAAGUCACAGUAUGAGAUUCUAUUCAAAGUUACCAUGCUCUUUUUCAAGAAG